CUCUCUCUCUCUCUCUCUCUCUCUCUCUCUCUCCCCAUAAAUUGCACGUUGAGGCAGGCAGGCAGGCAGGCAGGCACUCGGAACAUCCUCCUCGCCGUCAUUCCUCCUCCACUUUGUUCCUCUCUCGGUCUUGAAUGCUGCACUGACUUUGACUCUCUGCUUCUGCUUCUCUUCAAAUGGAAACCCUAGCCCUCUCUCACCGUCCCGUUCCUUCCCGCCUCAUUCUCCCCCUCGCCUCCUGUCCCGCCGCAGCCUUUCUCACUCUCCUCCACUCGCCGACCUCGGCCUCGCGCUGCCGUACGCUCCGAUGCUCUGCUCUCUCCUCUCCAUCACCACAGGUCGACCAUUCGGCGAAGUUCAAGGAGGCGGCGAAUCACGGGAAUUUGAUUCCGCUGUACCGGAGUAUAUUCUCCGAUCAUUUGACACCCGUGCUGGCUUACCGAUGCUUGGUCAAGGAAGAUCAAAGAGACGCCCCUAGUUUUUUGUUCGAGUCGGUGGAGCCUGGUUUGAAGGUGUCCAACGUUGGGCGCUAUAGUGUGAUUGGAGCUCAGCCGACUAUGGAAAUUGUGGCAAAAGAGAAUAGAGUGACGGUUAUGGACCACAGGGGAGGGAAGAGAACAGAGGAGUAUGUGGAGGAUCCGAUGCUUAUUCCUCGGAGGAUCAUGGAAAAGUGGAAGCCCCAACGUAUUGAUGAGCUCCCUGAAGCAUUUUGUGGUGGAUGGGUUGGUUAUUUCUCUUAUGACACAGUACGUUAUGUUGAAAAAAAGAAGCUUCCAUUUUCAAGUGCACCUACUGAUGACAGAAACCUUCCUGAUCUUCAUUUAGGCCUUUAUGAUGAUGUGAUUGUGUUUGAUCACGUGGAGAAGAAAGCAUAUGUGAUACACUGGGUGCGAUUAGAUCAAUUUUCUUCUGUUGAGGAGGCCUUUAAUGAUGGGAUGAACCGGUUGGAAUCACUACUCUCUAGAGUGCAUGAUGUAGUUACCCCAAGGCUAGCUGCAGGUUCAAUUAAAUUGUUUACGAACCUUUUUGGCCCAUCUUUGAAGAAAUCAACAAUGACAAAGGAAGCAUAUCAGGAGGCGGUUUUGAAAGCUAAAGAGCAUAUACUGGCAGGGGAUAUUUUCCAGAUUGUAUUAAGUCAGCGAUUUGAGCGGCGAACUUUUGCUGACCCAUUUGAGGUUUACAGGGCACUGAGAAUUGUCAAUCCAAGUCCAUUUAUGACUUAUUUACAAGCUAGAGGGUGUAUUUUAGUUUCUUCAAGUCCUGAAAUUCUUACUCGUGUGAAGAAGGGAAAGGUCACUAAUAGACCCCUUGCCGGGACUGUUAGGAGAGGGAAAACAGCUAAAGAAGAUUAUGUAUUGGAGAAGCAACUUUUGAAUGAUGAAAAGCAAUGUGCGGAGCACAUUAUGCUGGUUGACCUGGGAAGGAAUGAUGUUGGAAAGGUCUCAAAACCUGGUUCAGUGAAGGUUGAGAAGCUCAUGAACAUCGAACGUUAUUCUCAUGUUAUGCAUAUCAGCUCCACGGUUACUGGAGAGUUGCUUGAUGCUUUAAGUAGUUGGGAUGCCCUGCGAGCUGCAUUGCCUGUAGGAACAGUUAGUGGGGCUCCAAAGGUGAAAGCCAUGGAAUUGAUUGAUCAGCUAGAAGUCACAAGACGAGGUCCAUAUAGUGGGGGGUUUGGAGGCAUAUCCUUCUCUGGUGAUAUGGACAUUGCCCUAGCAUUGAGAACAAUUGUAUUCCCAACUGGAAUCCGGCAUGACACAAUGUACUCAUACAAGUAUGCAAAGCACAGGCGCGAGUGGGUUGCUUAUCUGCAAGCUGGGGCAGGGAUCGUGGCCGACAGUGAUCCUGCUGACGAGUACAGAGAGUGUGAGAACAAAGCUGCAGCUCUUGCUCGCGCCAUUGAUCUUGCGGAGUCAUCUUUUGUUGAAAAUUGUUGAAAAUUUACCUCACCGCAGAGUAGAAUGGUUGUUUAUUAGUAGUUGUCUUCAGGCCAGUAUGUGACGGCUGUCUUUGUAGUAUGUGGUUUGGGUGGGUGGAAAGGGGCACAACGAACAUGUUGAUGAUUCCAAGUUGCUGGUGUAUGAAUGUGUCAUCGAAACCCCCUAAAAUCAAUAGAGAAACAAAAGUUGUGUACAAUCCGGGGAGAAGUAUUACUAAUAGCUUUCACUGCUGUGUCUGGUAGAAUAUAAAAGGAGGAUUUGCACUCUUGCUGAUG